AGAGAGAGAGAGAGAGAGAGAGAGGGAAAGAGAGCAGUUGGGAGGAAUGGAGUUAUGAUUAAAAAUUUCACUCAGUUUUACAAGUGUCGCUACUAACGAACAAAAAUGCAUCAGCCCUGGGUCUGGAUCACGCUCUACCUGCUCUGCACAAGUGUAGUUUAUGGUGGGAAAGUGCUUGUUUAUCCAGUGGACGGGAGCCACUGGGUGAACAUGAAGGUCAUUAUUGAGGAACUACAUUCAAGGGGCCACGAGGUCUCUGUUGUGCGAACGUCAGACAGCUGGUACAUCAAGGAAACCUCCCCAUUCUAUACUUCAAUUACAAUUGAUAUUGAGUCUGGAUUUGAUGAAGACUUUAUAAUUACAUUUAUGACCCAGUUGUUUAAAAUCCAGAGGGAGGGAAAGUCUGCCUGGACACGUUUUAAACUGGAAAUGGAAUCAGGACAAGCGGCCUCUGAGAUUCAUGAGAAAACAUGCAAAAUGCUUGAGCUGCUUUUUGAAGACAAAGAUCUGAUACGGUCUCUACAGGAUGCAAAAUAUGACCUUUUCCUGACGGACCCCAUUACACCAGGGGGUGUUAUACUUGCCCACUACUUAAGGUUACCACUUGUUUUCAAUGUCAGAUGGACUAGUCAUGGUGAAGGCCAUUUUUCAAUUGCGCCCUCUCCUCUCUCUUAUGUUCCACUGACAGGGACUGAACUUUCAGAUAAAAUGACUUUUCUUGAGAGACUUACUAACAUGAUCGUAUUUGGCUUCACAAAAUAUCAAAUUGCACAUUAUAUCACGCCACAUUAUGUUGGCUUUGUUAAAAAAUAUUUAGGUCCAGAUGUAGACUACAUCUCCCUCUUCCAGGCAGCAGACCUGUGGCUCAUGAGAGUGGACUUUGUGUUUGAGUUUCCUCGUCCCACCAUGCCUAAUGUUAUCUAUAUGGGAGGGUUCCAGUGUAAACCUGCAAAACCUCUGCCUCAACACUUGGAGGAGUUUGUCCAGAGUUCAGGGGAACAUGGAGUCAUCAUUAUGUCUCUGGGGACUUUAAUUGCAGAGCUUCCCCAUGACUUAGCUGAUGAGAUAGCUGCAGCUUUUGCCACAUUACCUCAGAAAGUCAUCUGGAGGUAUAAAGGUGACAGACCAGCCACUCUGGGCAACAACACUUUACUAGCUGACUGGAUGCCACAGAAUGACCUGUUAGGACAUCCCAAGAUGAAACUGUUGGUGAGUCAUGGAGGAACAAACGGAAUCUAUGAGGCUAUAUAUCACGGUAUUCCGAUUGUAGGCAUUCCCUUUGUGUUCGAUCAAGCUGACAACCUCUCUAGACUGAAAGCAAAGGGUGUGGCAAAGGUUUUGGAUGUUUCUGAAUUGGAUAGAAAAACAUUUCAGAAUACCAUUCAGGAAAUCCUGAAUGACCCCUCCUACAGGAUGAACAUGCAGAGAUUCUCCAGGCUGCACAGAGAUCAGCCAAUGAAGCCACUGGAUAGAGCCCUCUUCUGGAUAGAGUUUGUCAUGAGACAUAAAGGAGCAGCUCACCUGAGAACAGAGUCCUACAAACUGCCCUGGUAUUCCUACCACUCUGUAGAUGUCAUAUUAUUUUUAGUAACAAUUGCUCUUCUUGUUUUGUUCAUUUUUGCUGGGUUAGUGUGCUCGUGCUUCAGACUGUGUUUGAAAAGAAAAGUGAAAUCUGACUAACCAGUAGAGAUGCUUCAUGGUUAAUUUUCAUAUUGGUGAAUAUGUUGCUAUAUUACAGUCAAUGUGGCUGUGAUCAGUAAAAAAAAUUGAAAGAAAUGAGUAGAUAUACAUUUUUUUGACUGUGUUUUGUGUCAGCUGCAAGUUCCCUAUCAAGAAAAAUAUCUACUGUAAAUAAAUAAAUAUAACUGCCAGUUUUAACUGUUAACUUGUAAGAGUGAAGUGUGUUUGAUACAGUUUUAGGUUAAUCAAUAUUUUUCAAAUCCCAUUAUCACUGAGUAUUUCUGUGACGUCAUGUCACAUUGCCAUACCUUGGCUUUUGCUGAAACACCGCCCCUGCUGUAAAAAAUGAAAUAUAACUGCCAGUUUUAACUGUUAACUUGUAAGAGUGAAGUGUGUUUGAUUACUUUGUCACUUGUCAACAUUUGCUUUUGGAUGUAACCAAAUGAAAGUUAGAAUUAUCUCAGCUAAUGCAAACUACCAGAAGACUACUAGAAUAACUUGAUGAAUGAAAAUGAAAUGAGCUAAGAUAGAAAUUUCAACUCUGCUGUAUUGUGUUUUACUGUAGACUGCAUUAUGCUGAAAGCAAACUGUUAAAGGAAAGAUCCUGAAAUAUUUAAAGGACUGACAAUAAAAUAUUAAAACCA